GUUGGUGCAUCCCAGGGACAUAACAUGUGUCCAGACCCUGGGAUUCCAGAUCGGGGCAAAAGAAUAGGCAACGAUUUCAGGUUAGGAUCCAGUGUCCAGUUCACCUGCAGUGAAGGCUAUGAUUUGCAAGGCUCCAAAAGCAUAACCUGCAAGAAGCUGAGUGGGAUGAAAGCUGCCUGGAGCGACCAGAGGCCAGUGUGUCGAGCUAGAAUGUGUGAUACGUACCUCCGAGGGCCCAGUGGUGUUAUCACCUCUCCUAACUAUCCUGUCCAGUAUGAUAACAAUGCGUAUUGUGUGUGGGUGAUAACAGCUGUCAAUCCAGCCAAGGUAAUCAAACUCAAUUUUGAAGAAUUUGACUUGGAGAGAGGAUACGAUACAUUAACUGUGGGAGAUGGAGGUCAGGUUGGAGACCAGAAAAGUGUGCUUUAUGUUUUAACAGGUACAACCGUCCCUGAUCUGAUUGUCAGCACUCAACACCAGAUGUGGCUCCUCUUCCAGACUGAUAGUGUGAGGAACCUACUAGGGUUCAAAGCAACUUAUGAAGAAAUUGACCAGGGAAGCUGUGGAGAUCCUGGAAUGCUGGCCUAUGGCAAGAGAGAAGGGUCAACAUUUCGCCACGGAGACUCGUUGACGUUUGAAUGCCAGCCUGCAUUUGAACUGAAGGGGCAGAAAACAAUCACGUGUCAAAAGAGUAGCCAGUGGUCUUCUCAGAAACCAAUCUGUGUUUUUUCCUGUUUCUUCAAUUUCACCACCCCAUCUGGGAUCGUGCUCUCCCCAAACUACCCGGAGGAAUAUGGUAGCACCUUACACUGCGUCUGGCUAAUCAUCGCAAAACCUGAAAGCCGGAUCCAUUUGGCCUUUAAUGAUUUUGAUGUGGAGCCUCAGUUUGACUUCUUGGCAGUGAAGGAUGGUGGAACAGCUGAAUCACCCACCCUUGGGACCUUCUCUGGAAGCCAACUCCCAUCUUCUCUGACCAGCAGCGGCCAUAUCGCCAGGUUGGAAUUCCAGACCGAUCACUCCACCGAGAAGCGUGGCUUCAAUAUCACGUUUACCACCUUCAGACACAAUGAGUGCCCUGAUCCAGGAGUGCCGGUCAAUGGGAAGCGCUUUGGUGAUAGUCUCCAGCUUGGGAGCUCAGUCUCUUUCUUGUGUGAUGAAGGAUUCAUAAGGACACAUGGCUCUGAAACAGUCACCUGUGUCUUGAAGGAAGGCAAUGUGGUUUGGGAUAAUGCAGUCCUGAGAUGUGAAGCUCCCUGUGGUGGCCACCUGACCUCGCCAAGUGGAAUGAUCCUGUCUCCAGGGUGGCCAGGGUUCUACAAGGACUCUCUCAACUGCGCAUGGGUCAUAGAAGCUCAGCCAGGGUACCCAAUCAAAAUCACAUUUGACAGGUUUAAAACAGAGGUGAAUUAUGACACGCUGGAAGUGCGUGAUGGCAAAUCCUACUCGUCCCCCUUGAUUGGAAUUUAUGAUGGGACCCAAGUCCCCCAGUUUCUCAUCAGCACCAGCAAUUUCCUCUACCUUCUCUUCACCACUGACAAAAGCCACUCGGACAUUGGUUUCCAGAUCCACUAUGAAACGGUAAAGCUCCAGUCCGAUCACUGCUUGGACCCAGGGAUUCCAGUCAAUGGGCUACGAUAUGGGAAUGAUUUCUACGUGGGGGCCCUGGUGACUUUUGGCUGUGAUCCAGGGUAUACCUUGAGUGAUAGCGAAGCUCUGGAAUGUGAGCCAAAUUUUCAGUGGAGCAGGCCUCUUCCAAGCUGUGAAGCUCUUUGCGGAGGCUAUGUCCAUGGAUCUAGUGGCACUGUGUUAUCUCCAGGCUUUCCAGAUUUCUACCCCAAUAACUUAAACUGCACUUGGAUUAUAGAAGCGUCUCAUGGCAAAGGUGUUUUCUUCACUUUCCACACCUUCCACUUGGAGAGUGGCCACGACUACCUGUUGAUCACUGAAAAUGGCAGCUUCAGUCAGCCACUGAAACAGCUCACUGGCUCCCACUUGCCUGCACCUUUUAGCGCUGGCCUCUUUGGGAACUUCUCUGCUCAGAUCCGUUUCAUCUCAGACUUCUCCAUUUCUUAUGAAGGUUUCAACAUCACUUUUUCAGAAUAUGACUUAGAACCUUGUGAUGAGCCGGAAGUGCCGAUCUACAGCAUCCGCAAGGGUCUUCAGUUUGGAGUGGGGGACGUCUUGACUUUCUCCUGCUUCCCUGGGUACCGACUAGAAGGUGUCUCAAGCAUUACUUGCCUGGGCGGUAGACGGCGUGUGUGGAGUUCGCCUCUGCCAAGGUGUGUUGCGGAAUGUGGUUCUUCUGUGACGGGGACUCAAGGUGUUCUCUUAUCCCCAAAUUAUCCCCUAAACUACAACAACCACCACGAAUGUAUCUAUUCCAUCCAGACACAGCCAGGAAAAGGAAUUCAGCUUAAAGCCAGGGCAUUCAACUUGGAAGCUGGGGAUGUCCUCAAGAUUUAUGAUGGCAACAACAACUCGGCUCGUCUGCUGGGCUCCUUCAGCCGCGCGGAGAUGUUGGGUCUUAAUGUCAACAGCACGUCCAGCACCAUGUGGCUUGAAUUCAUCACGGAUGGAAAUGGCACGAAUCAAGGUUUUGAACUGCAGUUUUCUAGUUUUGAGUUGAUCAAGUGUGAGAACCCUGGUAUCCCACAGUUUGGCUAUAAAGUCCACGAUGAGGGACACUUUGCAGGAAGCUCUGUCUCUUUCAAUUGUGAUCCUGGCUACACGUUACGAGGAAGCCGGGUGCUUGCUUGCUUGACUGGAGAGCGCCGAGCCUGGGACCAGCCUCUCCCCACCUGCGUAGCUGAGUGCGGGGGCAGCAUUCGAGGUGAGUCCUCAGGAAGGAUCCUGUCCCCAGGGUAUCCCACGCCGUAUGAUCACAAUCUCAACUGCGUCUGGACAAUUGAAGCAGAGGCUGGUUGCACAAUAGGGCUCCAUUUCAUGGUUUUCCACACAGAGGACUUCCAUGAUGUUUUGAGAAUCUGGGAUGGGCCAGUGGAGAAGGGCAUUCUCCUGAAAGAAGUCAGUGGUUCGGUCUUGCCCAGCGAUGUUCACAGCACCUUCAACUUGGUGGUCCUUCAGUUCAACACGGACUUUUUCACCAGUAAACAGGGUUUUGCCAUUCAGUUUUCAGUGUCUACUGCUACCUCUUGCAAUGACCCUGGAGUCCCACAGAACGGGAGCCGGAGCGGCGACAGCAAGGAAGCAGGAGAUGCCAUCAUUUUCCAGUGUGAUCCGGGUUACGCCUUGCAAGGGGAUGCCAAGAUCAGCUGCGUGCAGAUCGAGAACAGGUUCUUCUGGCAGCCUGAUCCACCCACCUGCAUAGCUCCUUGUGGUGGGAUCCUGGCAGGGCCUUCGGGGGUUAUCUUGUCCCCCAAUUACCCAGAGCCGUACCCUCCGGGAAAGGAGUGCGAUUGGAAGCUGACUGUCUCCCCGGAUUAUGUCAUCGCUCUGGUGUUUCACACGUUCAAUUUGGAACCAGGAUAUGAUUUCUUGCACAUCUACGAUGGGCCCAACUCACUUAGUCCCCUGAUUGGGAGUUUCUAUGAUACCCAAGUACCAGAGAGGAUUGAAAGCAGCAGCAGCAACCUCUUCCUGGCCUUCCGCAGUGAUGCUUCUGUCAGUAAUACAGGAUUUGUAAUCCAUUACACAG